AUGGGGUCCAUAAACCAGACAAUUGUCACUGAGAUUCUUCUCCUAGGAUUUCAGGAUCUACUACAUUUCAAGAUGUUAUUUUUAUUUUUCCUUCCUGUUUUCCUUAUUUUGACCGUGUAUGGAAAUAUUCUGAUUAUUUGGCUGGUGGCAUCUAACAGCAGUCUCCAGUCUCCCAUGUACUUCUUCCUAACGCAACUGUCCAUUUCUGAUUUGCUCUUAACCACAACCAUUGUUCCCAACACACUUUAUAUUAUAUGUAGUGAAGGAGUCAUAUCAUUUAAAGGUUGUAUUAUUCAAUUUUAUUUCUAUGCUUCCUCUAUCGUAUUUGAGUGUCUCCUUUUGUCCAUAAUGGGUUAUGACAGAUAUCUUGCCAUCUGUAAUCCACUGAGAUAUAGUUCUUUAAUGAACCCUAUGGUAUGCAUUACAUUGGCUAUCAUGUCUUGGAUGUUAAGUUUUUCUACAGAAUUAAUUGUAAUGACAUCAAUAAUCCAACUUCAGUUUUGUGGCCCAAAUCGUAUUGAUCAUUUCUUCUGUGAUCUUGGUCCACUAUUAGAACUUUCGUGUUCAGACACUGCGCUUUUUGAAUUGGAAACUCUCGUAUCAUGUGUACCAUUUACUUUAUUUCCACUUAUAAUUAUUGCAGUUUCUUACGUAUAUAUUAUCCAGGCUGCCCUUAGGAUCUCCACCACAAGUGGAAGAGCAAAAGUCUUCUCCACGUGCAGCUCCCACCUGACUGUGGUUUCAAUAUUCUACGGCACACUAACUGGAAAUUAUAUGAUUCCUUCCAAAAGAAAAUCUUUGACUGUCAAUAAAAUUGCUUCCCUGUUGUACACUGUGGUGACUCCUAUGAUUAACCCAAUUAUAUACAGUCUAAGAAAUAAAGAUAUUAGGGAAGCUGUGGGAAAGUUUUUGGUAAAAUGA